CCACUCCAGUGAUGUUGAUGUUCCUAUGUGUUUACACUGUAGCGUACGCAGCGAGCGCCAACUAAUGACACGCGUUUAACCGCUCCGCUGACAUCCACCUCCUCCAAGGCUGAUGUUUCACGUAAAAACCGUGCCUGCCCUUUCACGGGCAGGGGCGGACAUUGCCUUUAAACGCGUAUGCUCCAGCCGAAGACUCCGGUCCACCGUCACCUCCACCUCGGUGACCCAGACGGAGCCGCGGGACGGUGUCAGCAGCCGUGGCGGCGCUCGACAUGACUCGGCACGGUCGGAGUGUGCCGGUCAGCCGGGAAGCGGAGGAGAGAGAGGAGGCACCACCACCACCACCACUGCUACUGCUAAUGAGAUCUCCGUAGACUUUGACCAGACACGGGAGGCUUAUAAGAGUAAAGACUCAUUAGAGCUGCUCAGAAGUUUGGUGGUUUUUAAACUCUGCUCCUAUGACUUCCUGGUUGAUAAGAAUAAAGAGAUAAUGGAUCUAGGUAAGAAGAUCAUGGGCCAAAAAGGCUUCAACCAGUUCAUGAAGAUGACAUUUUAUGGCCAGUUUGUAGCUGGUGAGGACCACAUGGCCAUCAGGCCGCUGAUCCAGAAGAAUCAGGCCUUUGGCGUUGGCUCUGUCUUGGACUACAGUGUGGAGGAAGACAUCAGCCAGAAGGAGGCCGAGCAGAAAGAGAUGAACUCAUGUGUAUCCACUGCAGAGAAAGACAGCAUAGGUAAGCUGCCUCGUUUGUUCUCAUUUGUGGACACAGUAUAUGAUGUAAUUAGAAGUAAUAGGCAUGCAAAUUUGUUUUCACCCCCAGGCGGGGACCACAGAGAGAAAAAAUAUAAAGUGCACAAACAGUUCGGUGAUCAUCGUGAAGGAGUGACUGGAGCCCGCACUUAUUUCUAUGCCGAUGAGUCCAAAUGUGACCAGCAUAUGGAGACCUUCAUCAAAUGCAUCAAAGCAUCUGGUGGGAGUUCAAUGGAUGGUUUCUCUGCCGUCAAAAUGACUGCUCUUGGACGACCUCAGUUUCUGCUCCAGUUCUCAGAAGUCCUGGUGAAAUGGCGGCGAUUUUUCUCCUUCCUGGCAUCACAGCAGGGAAAAGAUGGCAUGGAGGCCUUAGAGCAGAGGCUGGAGCUGAAACAAAUGCAGGAAUUCCUGACCAAACUGGGUGCAAAAGGAGACUUCUAUGGCUGGUUUAGUGGGAAGAAAGAGGAAUCUUCAGGAACCAUUGACAUGCUCGACUGGAACAGCCUAAUAGAUGAUAGAACAAAUAUAUCGGACCUGCUGGUCGUCCCAAAUGUAGAGCUAGGUGAGCUGGAGCCUCUGCUGGAGAUGUUCACUGUAGAGGAAGAGAACCAAAUGAAGAGGAUUUUACAGCGCAUGGACGUCUUAGUCAAGCAUGCUAUGGAGAAUGGCGUUCGCUUGAUGGUGGAUGCAGAGCAAACCUACUUCCAGCCAGCUAUCAGCAGACUGACAUUAGAGAUGCAGAGGACCUACAACAAAGAAAAACCUGUCAUCUUCAACACCUACCAAUGCUACCUCAAGGAAGCCUAUGACAGUGUGACUAUGGAUGUAGAAUUGUCUCGACGUGAGGGUUGGCAUUUCGCUGCCAAGCUGGUGCGUGGGGCCUACAUGUAUCAGGAGCGAGAGAGGGCCAAUGAGAAUGGUUAUGAGGACCCUAUUAACCCUGAUUAUGAGACUACCAAUUGGAUGUACCACAGGUGUCUGGACUAUGUGCUGGAUGAGAUUGCACUCAACAGAAAUGCCAACGUGAUGGUGGCUUCCCAUAAUGAGGACACAGUGAAACACACCUUGAAGAGAAUGAAUGAGCUGGGUCUCUUACCCACAGAGAACAAGGUGUACUUCGGUCAACUACUGGGCAUGUGUGAUCAGAUCAGCUUUCCACUGGGCCAGGCCGGAUUUCCCGUCUAUAAGUAUGUCCCAUACGGGCCGGUGAACGAGGUGAUGCCCUACCUGUCUCGGCGGGCCCAGGAGAACCGAGGCUUCAUGAAGGGUGCCCAAAAGGAGAGGGAGCUGCUGUGGCAGGAGCUGAAACGCAGAGUUGCCUCUGGGGAGCUUCUCUACAGACCAGCGUACUGAAAACACAGAAGAAGAAACAAAGAGUAGUGUGUCAAUGUGUCAAGUUUUUUUCUCCCAUUUUUUUUCAUCUUCCCUGUUGACGGCUGCUGCUGUGGCUGUCUGUUCUGUCUCUCCCUCAGCACAGCUCUCCCUGGUUGUACAUCUCCUGUUCUACCCUGUCCUGGAGUUUUCUUGCUGAUGGACUGUUUCGGCGUGUCACUCUCUUUUUCUGUCUUCCCACUAUUGUUUUUCUCCAUUCUGUUCUUCACUGAUGUUACCCACCUUCACCCCCUCAUCCUUUCUUCUUUGCACUGGCCAUGUUCUCUCUAUUUCUUUUCCUUAUCCGCCUCUGCAUCCAUAAGUAUCCUUCAUUUUGUCUUCCCGUUGUCUAUAGAGCUCUGGUAUCCAUCAAGUGGGCAUCUUUACUGCUCCAAAAGGACUCCCUAAAAUGUCAACGAGACCGUGGCGGGCGUCUCUUUUUAUCACCCUAUUUAUCUUGGAGAGGGAUAACAAUAAUAAAAAUAACAGGCUUGAUUUAAAUGGUAGUAAAGGAAACAUCAAUAUUCUCCUCCUAUAUUAUGUUUUUUUGACUCUUGGACAGCCACACAGUACCCCAAGGAGGAUUCUCUGUACUUUGUUUGAGGUUGUAUUGCUGGUUUGAAAACGAUGCCUGUUUAUGAAUCAGUGAGAAAGUAUAAACGGUUUCCAUCCAGCACAUCCCUCUUCUAAGAGUGCGCGAUGCUUUUGUAUUUGUAUUUACUGGAGGAUGCUAUAUUCUUGGUCACUGAGGUGUUACAAGAGAACAUACGGUGUUCAGAAUUCAGUGAGUGAAUCUCCUUUAAAUACAGACGCCUGCAAGACUGGCGGGUUGUGGGUUUUUUUGUUGUUGUUUUUUACAUGACAAAAUAAUAUGCAAGGGAAUAAUAACUUAGAGGGUUGGUUUUUGGUCUUAUUGCGUUUUGAUGGUUCAACACUGUGCAGUUUUUAUCUCUGACAAUGUAAAUAUGUUUGAAUCAGGUAAUGCCGUCUUUUGGUUUUACAUGUCUCACUUUAUGGACCUGUGAAAUUGCUCAAUGAAUAAAUAUGCAUUGUUUGAAUAUCAAAAGUCAACUUUUUGUUAAAAGGAGGACCAGAUGUUAUUGACUGCAGUGUUGUAGCUGUGAGCUAUUUUGUACAGCUUGGGUUGUUUUGGGCUUUAAUUCUGGGACAUCCUCCGCUUGGUUAUUGAUACACAAUUAGUAUUUGAGUCAGAGGGUAACCAAGCUUCAUGAUAAUUAUGGCCUUGUCAUUUUAUGAGAGCAGUCAGUGCUCUGUAGACAUCAUUUAAUUACCCAUGAUGCUACGCUCAAUACAGAUCACAGAAAUUGGAUGCAUUAAUCAUUACUCAGAAGAAACUUUAGUGGCUGUUAAGUUUUACUGAGGCAAAGCACCACAGAGCUGUCACUGCUGCUGUAUUCUAUCGGUUUAAUUAAGAAUCAAGCAUACGUUUGAUGUAAGAUGUGCCUUUGGGUAUACAUUUGCCAACAAAUUCCUUCUCACAGGCCACUGGAGUUUUCCUGGUUAGCUUCAGUUGCAAAGAUGAUUUAGAGGACACAUUAUAGUGUGAAAAAUUCUACAAAAGUUCCAAGUCAGUCAAAACCAGCAUGGGCGCAGCAUGUUCUAUGGGACACUUCUCCCUACAUUAAAGCACACAGGCAUGUAAUAGAGUCAGUCAGGGCUAAUUUACUUUACGUAAUGAAUGUUGACUUUGUGUUGUGCAAGACGUGAAGGGACGGCAUUCGUAACGAACGAUUUCUUUGGGCUCCUCGGCCUUUGCUUCCACAUGGUCUGACAUCUUGGAUUGUUUGUUUGGCUGUGCCCUUGGCUUUGUGGUUUCAGUGGGACCACACAACGUUCCGGUGGUUUUGAAAGCACAGCAACAGAUGCCGUGACAGGCCCUGAUUUGAGAACAUACUGAGCAGUGUUUUUUUUUAGGUUUAGAAAUCUGAAAGAUUUAGUUUUUCUGUAGCACAAAGGAUGGAUUGGCUUUCUGCUGCAUUCCAGCAGGCAAUCUCUAAUCAGUGUUUGUGUGCCAAUAGAUGAACUGACAGUAGGAGUAUGAUGGCUUUGAGCUUUUAUCGUUUGACAGCAAAUGGAGAUUAUUGGCUCAGAGUGCAUUAAACAGAAAACUGGGCCCAUUUGGUUCAACCAUUGUAAUCAUACCCUCAGUAAUAUGAUAAUGUUCAAACUUUAUUUCACUCCGGGAGGGCUGAGAAGCCCCAAAUCGGUAACACUUCAUAAUUAGGGUAGCACAAAUCAUAUACUUAAGUAAUGCUGAACUAAUGCAUGACUCAUGAUUAUUUAAUGCAUGAAUUAAUGCAGCAUGUAUCAUGAAUUCCUGUUGCUCACCAUAAGUUACUUCAUACAUUAAUAGAUAUUUGACCAAAUCAGCUGUAUUCCACUCACAUAAAACUAUUUAAGAUCCACGUAUGUGCUCAACUUCUCUGAAAGCAGAACAGUACUUGUUCUCAUAGAAAUGAAGUUAUUUUUUAAUCCAACUGGUUGUCAGAUACAAACAUUUACAUAAUAAACAUAAAUACAGUUAUCUAUAGUUUGCACUGUAUUAGUUAAGCAUUACUUAAGUAUAUGAUUGGUACGCUUAUAACAAAGUGUGAAAGAGAAAUCACUGCAAUAUGCAGUAAAGGCUGAUUUGUAAUAACCAUCUUGUAAAAGUUGAAAGGGUUUUCAUCCGUCAACACAAUGUUAACUGUGUAAGUUUACGUUAGCGAUUUGAUCUUCUCACUUCACCAACCAUUUUAAUUGGAACCAGAGUAAUCAGCGUCAGUCUUAUCAGUGUACUCCUUAAUAUAAAUGUAGCAAUAGUAGCAGUACUCACUCACUAAAUGCCUUCUGACUGACUUUUGGCUGCACCAUAACAGGAAAAUCCAGUUUUCUUUCUUUUUCAGUUAUCAUCAGGUUUAAGUCAUUGGGUUCUUCUGUAUAAAUGUAACAUCAACACAGUGGAGAUGGAGAUGAAAAAAAAAAGCGGGAGACCUUCAACAACAGACAGUAGAGUGUAUUUCCUGACAUUGCAACAUAAUCGCAACAUCAUUUCUACAUGGCCAGUCAGAAUGACGAGCACAGUAUAACUCAGUAUAUUGGCAUCAGUGAAAAUGCAGCAAGACAUGUUGUCAAUAUUUUAUAACAACAUCUGAGGCUAACUUGGCUCAAAUGUCCAACAAGGAGAAGGGCCUGUUAACUUUCUGCAAGACACUGACAUUCCCCCAGUAAAAUAAUUGGCAGCACUUUACAAGGUACACAGAAAAUCCCAAGUAAUUACCAAAGAACAACCGCAGAACAAACCUGAAACUAGGCCUCAGUGCAAAUUCACAAGUAUCCCACGAAUAGUUGUUGAACAAUUGGAAAUACACUAUAGUCUAAAUUCUAUCUUCUACUAUGUAUUAUUUAUUGUACAGGUACAAUAAAUUUGAAGCUACAGCCAGCAGUUGGUUAGCUUAACAAAACUCCAGGAAGUCACUGAGAGCAGACUGCUAGACACUAACCAAAUAAAUGUGAUACACAGACAGAAAUUUAAACUGAGGCUGGAUGACUACAACCACACUGCAGACAGCCGCUCCAUCAAAAGGUUGUUAUGCAAGUCUUUAACAGUAGUUUGCUCUUUGUUGUGUGUAGAAGGGGUGUUGUCUGAAUCAGCUACUGUAGCCUAAAGCUGAAGAAGCUUUGGCUGUUUUGCACAUGAAGAGUGUGACCUCUGACCAAGGAUUAGCUCUUUGCUAAUGAUAUUUCAGGCUAUAAAACUUGUAAAAGCAACUGAUGUGUGAAAAAUUAUCUCAUAUAACAAAAUACAUGAAUAACAUAAGCUUGCUGUGAUCCACGAUUACUGCAAGGCUUUAAAAAAUGGAUGCUGGGAUGGAUGGACAAAUCACGAGCCUGUGGAAAACAGCUCCGACAAAAAGCUUACAUCCAGUCUGGCAUACAUUAAAACAUCACGGUGGACAA